AUAUAUAUAUAUAUAUAUAUAUAUCUGUCUAGAAUUCUUUUAUUUUUCUUUUAUAAUACUUUAUAUAAGUGUAGAGUAAGUAAAAGACUAUUUUUCUAUUCCUAAGAUUUUCAGACUUCGAGUUCCAACACGAUUAUUGCUUUCUAGGCGAUCGUGUAAGUUACAGAUCGAUAGCAUGAGUCAUGUGUCUCUCGUCGUCAACAACGACAUGCCCUUUUUUUCUUUCUUUUUUUUUAUUCUCCUUGUUUACAGUUCAAGAGUAUCGAUCGCGCUCGAUUCUCUUUCGCGUGUCGUUGCAAGAAAACGUUGUCGUCAACGUCGUCAACGUCGACGACCGUCGAAAACCAUCGACGUUGGCGUUGUGGUCGUUUCGUCGAGCUACCCGAGACAGGAGGCCGGUAAAACGAGUAUAUGUAUUAGGUUCUAUGUUUCAAGCUAAUCUGUUUGCCUGCCUGCUUGCCCUUUUCGCCUUCUAUUCCGAAGGAGAAAGAGAAAGAUAAAUAGAUAGAUAGAUAGAAAGAAAGAGAGAGAGAGAGAGCGAGAGAGACGCUUUCAUUAUGAACAAAUAGACGAAGAAUUCGAUUCGUUCUACGACCUUAUAACGUUCCUAUUAAAUCGAUUUAGAAUUUCAAUUCUCUCUGUUUGUCUCUCUCUCUCUCUCUUUCUCUCUCUACAAACUUCGAAGGAAAAGCCGUUGAAGGUCGUUCGAAAACUAAUAGGUUAUAAUCCGCCAUUUUGAAUGGCCUCUUAGACGUAGUUCCUCGUUCACAAGGUUUUCCCAUUAUCGGAGAACGAUAGAAGAGUUCAUUGUUCUCGUCAAAGAGACACAACUCUUCUUCUUCUUCUUCUUCUGCUUCUGCUUCACAGGAGCUUGCCACGUUUUUCUUCGAGUCUCUAACGGUACGUACGGGCGCGUGAAUUAUUUCUUUGCCUCUUCAACGAGGCGCGAGGAGAGAAAGAAAGCGAGAGAGAGAGAGAGAAAACUCCAAUAAAGGAGAAUGCGUCAUCCUCUUCCGACGUUCUUUUAGCCAAUGGAAACACGAACUUGUAUGUCUCGAGACUUCGGCGAUUUUAUUGUACGCCGAGUGUUGUUUUUUGUUUUUUUUCCUUCAAUCUUAUAUCCGGCAUUUUUAAUCAUUUCGAUGGUCAUACGAAUAAAAAGUGUGAUAAAAUAUACACGGUUUUCCACUUACGAUGAUCGAAUUCGUGUGUUAUGUGAACGGCGUGAACAUAAAAAUUAUGGAAACUUCUUUCCUUCUAAUGGGAUUUAGGUUAUGACGGAGACCAACGUGUAUAUGUGUACAUCGAAUGACGAUAUUAAAAAUUUGUUUUGGAAUAGAACAAAUGAUCGAACGUACGAACGAAACGUUUCGUUCUUUUUACGAAAUUAUUACGUUUAUCGCAAUAUUGCAACUGCUAUCGUAUGUCUGGAUAUUGAAUGACCAGCAAGAUUAUAGAAAAUGGCGACAUCACUUCGAUAUACGUACACCUCGAGCCAUCUUGCGGCGAUUAGGAUCAUGAAUUUUCCUCUUUACCGAUAGUAGUAGCAGAUGUACAUAGUUCAUUGAAUAAACUCUCUUACUUAUUCGUCUUUGAUUAAAGAGUUUUUAUUGCGAAAAUUUCCUUUUUCAAAUUCCUGCGAGUUUUAAUUAAUAAAACUUUAUCUGUUAUCGACCUAAAAAAGAGAAAAAGAAGUAAUUAAAACAUGAUUGCAAAAGAAAAGCAAUUAGGAAGUGUCGAAAAAGAUGUAUCAAAGGAAUUAUCAUUAUCAUCGUCGGAUCCAAAUAUACGAAAAUUGGCUAGGAGACAACGAAUUCAACGUCGCUUGAGCGUUCUGCAUAAGGUAAAAGGAGCCAAAGACGUAGAAAUCAUUAAAAAAACUCCCAUCGAAAGACAGAUUCUUGCCAGUACUGAAUUUCUGGAAGAGAUCAAGUUAGAAGGCGAAGAAGUGAUAUCCAAUGUAAAAGUUGCUAACGAUGCUCGAGAGUUAGAACGACGUAAGGAAGUACAAGAGACAAGAGAAGCCUUGCUGGAGAAACUAGAGAGAGAUAAUGAAGAAUGUAUGCUAAAGUAUAAGGAGAUCGAUAAAAAAUGGUCCGACAUAUUUGCAUCAAAAGAUCCAUUGGACAUAGAAGAAAAGAUGAUGCGGCAAAAUGCCAAGUGUCUUGAAUUAUUAGAGAAGAAGGAUCAAAUUAUUAUGGGAUUGAAGGCCGAGCUAGAGAAUGCCGAUCUCAGAUUCGUCGAUGAUCUUAAGAAACAAAACGAAGAUAUUGAUAUAUUGAUCGAUAGAAUAGAUCGUCAGUUAAAUGUAAUCGCCGAGGCUUAUCAUAAAGAAUUGGAUAAUAUCAACAACGUGUUGGACGCCGAACGUAAAUUGCUCUUAGAUACGCUCGAGAACAAAUGGAAAGAUUUCUAUGAGAAGUUACGGGAUAAUGGUCACGAAGGCAUUGAAAAAAGAAAAGAUAUAAUUCGUGAAUACGAGGAGGAAAUGGAAAGAGUCAUGACUGAACACCACGAGGAAUAUCGUUCUCAAAAAAUAACUUUGGCAUUGGAGAAUCAGGACCUUCAACAGAAGUUACAGGAUAUGAAAGCUUUGUGCAUGUUAAAUGUCGAAAAAUUAAAUUAUAGUUAUGCCGUUCUUAAGCACAAAGACGAAGAGAAUACUAUAAUUAAAAAUGAACAAAAAAGACGAAUUAAUAAGCUUCAAGACACUAUGAACGAAUUAAGAAAGACUUACGUCAAAUUAGAAGAAGAUAGUCGAUCAGAAAUUCAAGGAUUGACCGAUCAAGUUCUCAAGGCACAUAAGAAUAUUUUAGAACUCGAAGAAAAGUCACAGUAUUUUACUGAUAUUAAUGAGAAAAAAUACUUUCAAGUAUGGGAUAUGAAUGUAAAACGUGUCAAUGAGCUGAUCGAUAAAAUUAUGGCUACUGAUCAAAUUAUACAUGAACGAGCAUUAGGAUUAAAGUGGCAACCUCCCGAGGUAAAACUUUUGACCAAGGAAGAUUUACCUUCUUACUGUACUGCGAUUAAUAUUACAAAUAAAGAAAAGACUGAUGCUCAAGAAAAAAGACAAAUGCCAAUUACUUACAAAAAGGCUGUUACUUUGGAAGACAUCAAUUUGGAACGACGUUUAUUAAAUCAUAUAAUGGAACAUAUAUCCGAGAAAUCCAAUUAUCUGAUUGACGAUAACAUACAAAAAUUACUUUUACCGUAUACAACCGAGAACAAUGUAAUCAUUAGAUUGGACAAUGUUUUUCAGGCAUUAAACAUAAUAUCCGAAGAGGAAAUACAAUUCUUAUUAAAUUUCUUCCUCCCAUAUACGUAUUGUCCCGAUUGUAUGUCUUUGGAUAAAACGACGGAAUCCUUGUCGUCGUCGUCGUCUACUAGCACGAGUAAUACACCUCUCGUCUGUGGCGGCAAAGAAUUAGACGAAGAAACAGCUAAAUUAGUCGAAACUAUAAAGGCAGAAGUUUUCUUUCAAGACGUAUGUUCAAACGUUUGUACACUCAUUGAUACGACGGACUAUUCGGAAAAACGUCUUCCUUCGGCAGAAACUACGACGUCCAUUUCAUCAGAUGAAUUAGAAGUAUCAUUCACAUCUUGUGACGAAAACAAAGAUUCAUCGCAACCAAAGGAAGGGGUAAAUCAAUUGCUCUGCAAAAAGGGUCAUUUGUUAAAGAUUGAUGCAUCAUAUGUUACAAGAGCAUUGAAGGAAUUCAUAGAGAAAUAUAAUUUUAUUAAACGCGACGAAACGCCAAAAUCUUUGAAGGAGAGAUUAUCAAUGAAAAAAGUAACAAUUUCACGAAGUUUAACCGUAGAGGAUAUAAAAGAAUUUUGGAAAAGAUACAGGGAUUUAUUUCCUCCAGCUAAAGAAUCCCUUUGGGAUGGCUUGCUCGUUGGACUUAAGCGAUAUUAUGAAACAUUGAAAGAAAGACAAAGAUUGAGCAAUGAAACGGCAUUUUUGAAGAAACAAAAUGCUGAAUUACGACGUUUACUAAAGACAUAUAAUACCGUUGAGACUAGAAGCAGCCCGAUAACCGAUACAGAAAUAUCUUCCUCUGGUAAAACAUAAUGGAAUUUAAGAUGCCAACAACAAAUCCAUCCAUUCAUCCAUCCAUCCAUCCGUCCAUCCAUGCGUUUUCCUUUUUCCCCGAAUUUUUACGAGGUUGACUUGUCAACACUCAACCUCUAUUAGUCGCCUUUUACGACAAGCAGAGGAUACUGUGGGUAUAUUCUAUCCCCGGGCCCACAGGGGAAGGUGAAAGGUUUCUUUUUAAAAUGCUAAUCGUUGAUAUGAACAAUCGAUAAAUGGAAAAACGCAAAGAUUGGUAAUUAAGUUUACUUAUAACGGCCGUUGUAAAUAAAAUCAAACGUAAUAUAAAAGGAGACAGAAUCUUUAUUAGAUUCUGUACAUACGUCGUGUACCACCAUGUUACAUUCGCUCUAACUGUGCUUUUUCUUACUUAAACAUUACUUUUAUAUACACAUCAUGGUAGUACAUUUAAAGAACAAUCGCUAAUACCCAACAAACACAUAUUAUUGUUUUAUUACUAAGACGCCGAUCUUAUAAAUAAUGAAAAUUGGAAGAUUUUGUUACCUUAAUUUAUAUUUCU